AUGUCGUUAGAUACAUUAUCAAUAGCACCGGUCAAUUGGCCAUUAUUUCUAUUUACUAGUUUGAUAAUAUGUUUUCGUGCAUCGGCACCACUGGUAUGUUCAUGGAUUUCGAAUAUAUUUUAUUCUCCAUCUACGACAAUUGAUGCACUUACUGAUGAAUUAAAAUGUAUAACAGGGGAAUUAAAAAUACUUUCUCAACAAGAUGAAUUUGCUACUUAUGCUCGUAAAGAACGACGACGUAAUGCACUUAUAGAUCACAUUAAAAAUGAACGAAAUAAUAUUGAAGCAAAACAAAAAAAUUUAUUAAAUUCUAUUCGAAUAAUACUCAAUAUUGGAACUGUUUUAAUUAUGAUUAUCUUAACAAUAAAAAAUCGACGAAAUGAUGCAAUACCAUUAUUUAAUUUUCCAUUUUUUCGAUUUCCAAUAAUUAUUUGGAUCAUGGCAUUAAAUACAUUUAUUUCUACACUUACUAAUAUUUAUCUUAGAUAUCGAACAAAUAAAAAAAGUACAGAGAAAUAA